CCACAGCAAUGCCGUAGUACCGCAUAGAAGCCGAAUCCCUUUUUUCACUAUACACGGCAUAUUAUAUACGACCGUUAUUUACGAAAAUGCCAUUACGUGAUGGUGAACCGGUGAUAGUGUUGCCAAGUCAACAUCAUGGAGAUGGAUAUACAAUGAGGAUCGGGAUAUUCUGAACAAAGAAAGGGAAUUAAUCCGAGAGAGAGAUAGAGAGAGACAGAGGGAGAAUGGGACAUGGAAGCUCGAAAGAAGAUUCACCUUCUGGUUCCAAAGAAGAAGGUUCAUCCCGUAUCUCUCAUCUGAAGCAGAGGCUUCACCUUCAUCGUCAUCAUCAUGGACGUAGUAGCGGCUCCUCUUCCUCUUAUCAAAAACUCCUCGCUGAUGAUGGUUUCGCCGGAAUUGCUCUUCUCACUCUCAUUCGCGCGGAGAUGAAGUUCAAGGACAAGUGGCUCGCCUGUGUUUCUCUUGGAGAGCAGACCUUCCGCACUGAGAUCUCCGACCACACAGAACGCCCCGUUUGGAAAUCUGAAAAGAAACUUCUUUUGGAAAAAAAUGGGCCUCAUGUUGCAAGGAUUUCUGUGUUUGAGACCAAUAGAUUGUCCCGCAACAAUCUCAUUGGAUAUUGUGAAAUUGAUCUCCUUGAAGUUAUUAUACGGGAUGGGGAUUCAGACUUUGAGGUCUUUGACCUGUUAGAUCCAUCAUCAUCUGACACAGUGGUCGGCAAUGUUUUUCUUUCAUGUUCAGUUGAGGACCCAAUUGAAACAGAAAAAAGAUUUGCAAGACGCAUCUUAUCUAUAAUGGACUACAAUGAUGAUGCGAAGCUUUCAUUCUCUGAAUUUUCUGACUUAAUUAAUGCUUUUGGCAAUCAACUAGCAGCUGACAAGAAAGAGGAGCUCUUUAAAGUGGCUGACAAGAAUGGGGAUGGUAUUGUUUGCGCAGAUGAGUUGGCUGCUCUUCUUGCUAUUCAACAAGAAAAGGAACCACUAAUGAAUCGCUGUCCUGUUUGUGGUGAGAUUUUGAAGGUUUCUGAUAAGCUGAACACUAUGGUUCAUUUGACUCUCUGUUUUGAUGAAGGAACUGGGAAUCAGGUCAUGACUGGUGGUUUUUUGACUGAUAAACAGGCCGCAUAUGGAUGGAUGUUUAAACUAAGUGAAUGGGCUCAUUUUUCGUCCUAUGACAUUGGUAUAAACUCCGGAUCAAGCGCUUCACAUAUUCUGGUAUUUGAUCGGAAGACAAAGAGGCUCGUGGAAGAAUUAAUUGAUGGAAAGAUAGUUUUGUCAAUGAGAGCUAUUUACCAGUCAAAAAUUGGGCUUGGCCUAAUGGACAAAGGUAUUGUGUGA